GGGGCUGAGAGCAGCAAUCUCCCCGCCGGGGGCUCAGGAGGGAAGGUCUCUCAGCGCUCAGCCCGGCUGCUGGGAAUCGGCUUCAAUAAAGCCAGGAGGCGGGGAGAGCAGGGCGGGGACCUGAUGGCAAAGCACCUUGGUAGCCUCCUCUGCACUCCGCCGGGGGCUGGAGGAGGAGAGGAGGGGCGGGGCGGAUCCUCCUACGAGCAACGCGUCGGUCUCGUUGGACUGGCGGCGCAGGCCAAUGGCGGGCGGGGGCCGGGGAGGGCGAGUGCGGAGUCGAGAUUGAUUGGGCGGCGGGGGCCGGGCGCCCGCGGGCAGGGGACCUGGAGGUUGCGCGGGGCUCGGAGCUGCGCUCACGCUCUUUGUGCUUCCUCCCUCGGCCGCGCCCGGCGGUCCCUGCCCGGCGCGCCUGGGAAGCAGGAAGAAGAGGAGGCGCGGAGGCCCGCCCGCCUGCUCAUGCGGCCGCCCCGGCCCCGCGCCGCCGGCGUCCCGCAGCGCUGCAUGGACGGGCAUGGGGGAAGCAGCAGCCGCGCCCGCCGUCGCCAUCGCCGUGGCUGAGCCGCGGCGCCGCCCGCGCCCGCCGGCCCGUGCCGCCCUGCUGCUCCUGCUCGGCCUCGGGCUGCUGCUGCGCACAGGUGACUGCCAGCUACAAACACCAUGUCGAAUCCAGAAGUGCACCACAGACUUUGUAUCAUUAACGUCGCAUCUGAACCCUGCAAUCGAUGGCUUUGAUUUGGAGUUCUGCAAGGCCCUGCGGGCAUAUGCAGCCUGCACCUAUCGUAAUUCCAAAGUCUGUCGUGGAAACCUAGUCUACCAUUCUGCUGUGCUAGGGAUCAGUGACCUCAUGAGCCAGAGAAACUGCUCCAAGGAUGGGCCGACGUCCUCUACUAACCCUGAAGUUACCCACGAUCCCUGCAAUUAUAGUAGUCGUACAGGAGCCAGAGAACAUCGGGGAGGGGAGCAAACUCCUCCUGUCUACCUUUUUUGUGGUUUGUUUGGUGAUCCCCACCUUAGGACUUUUAAGGAUCACUUUCAGACAUGCAAGGUGGAAGGGGCCUGGCCUCUGAUAGACAAUAACUACUUAUCAGUGCAAGUGACAAAUGUGCCUGUGGUCCCAGGAUCCAGUGCUACUGCUACAAAUAAGAUAACUAUUAUCUUUAAAUCAUACCAAGACUGUACAGAUCAGAAGGUAUACCAGGCAGUGACCGACGAUUUACCAGCAGCUUUUGUAGAUGGAACAACAAGUGGAGGUGAUGGUGACACCAAGAGUUUGCGCAUUGUGGAGAAAGUCAGUGGCAAAUACGUGGAAAUGCAUGCCAGGUACAUUGGUACAACUGUGUUUGUGCGCCAGCACGGGCGCUACCUUACAUUGGCUAUUCGUAUGCCAGAAGAGCUGGCCAUGGCUUACGAAGAAAGCCAAGACCUGCAGCUGUGUGUGAAUGGUUGUCCCUCAAGUGAACGUAUUGAUGACAGUGGCCACUUGCCAUUGCCUGUCAUGGGGCAGCUUCCUCCUCAUGCAGGCUCCACUCAGCCCCGCUCUGUGUACACACUGGAGAGUGCCACUACCAAAUGCCACGAGAAGAUGUUAGUGAAGGACAUCUAUUUUUACUCAUGUGUCUUUGACCUGCUCACCACUGGUGAUGCCAACUUCACAGCAGCAGCCCACAGUGCCUUGCAGGAUGUAGAGGUACUGCAUCCCAGGAAAGAGCGCUGGCACAUUUUCCCUAACAAUGGAACCGGUGGCUUUGUCAAGGGAAGCAAGUUGUCUGUUAGUCUUGGACUUGUGUGCUUGAUCCUUGUUGCAUUUUUGUAGGGUUUUUGUCUAUAACAAAGUUUUAAAAUAUAUAUUGUCAUAAUAUAUUGAGGUAAAAGCUAAGAGUAUAUAUGUAUAUACCAUGUAUAUGAAGGGAUGUUUGUCUUGGGACGCCCACCAGACUGUACAUAUUGUGUUACUGUUUUCACAUAUGUUGGAUGUAGUAUUCUUUGUAUCAAUUUUGUUUUGCAGUUGGUGAAAUGUUUUAUAAUGUCCCUGAGUUGGGAUCUGAUAGAAAGCACUUUAUUUUUUAUAUAUUAAAUAUUUAUGUGUUUCUGGGUCAUUAUGUAUAAUACAUAUACACAUGUACAUACACCACAACCAGUGGUCCCUCUAAGCAUUACCUACUUUUACAAAACCUUUUUAUAUUAAUGCCUUUCAGUGGGUGUUCUUCCUUCCAUCAUUAAUUACUCUCAAGGCUAUUACUCAUCUCUUGUGAAAAAGGUGGUAUUUUACUGUUGUCUCUAGUUGGAUCAUUCAAAACCCAAUCUUUAUUUUGUCUGUGAAACAAUCUCUUUUCUCCAUUGCAUUAGCAAAAACAAAAAUUCCCAUACUAACAUUAAAGAAAGCAAGCGUGACUGCUAAUGACUCUUAUAAAGCAACUAUGACGUGUGGGUAGAACAGACUUGGUAGCAUGAUCUUUUAGAAGUUGCUCUUCCUAAGUUAGUACUAUUGGUUUCAUUCCAAUGCAUUUGUGCAAUAGGGAUUGUUUAGCUACUUUAGCUCUAGGGGAGCACCUGACUUUUUAAAAUCAUGUGGGAAAAGUAGUUAUAUCAGAAGGUGCUAGGAUAACUGUUCUUCUGUUUUAAGAAUUCCUGUCAUAGCAGUCCACCUCCUUUUUUUCUGAAGUAACUUCAUAAUGCUUUGAGCAUGAUAUAAUUGGUUGACAGGGUUAUUGUUAAGUGACCUGUAAACCACGCUUUUGUUUUGGGUGGUAGAACAUAGAGGUAAGGCCUCCCACUCAUAUUCUCUACACAAAAAAGGAAUAAAGGUGAUACUAGCCAUUGAUUCAAUUUACUGCCUUGAAUUACUGCAAGAAAAUAGCACAGCUCUAGUAUAUAAAGAUUAUUGACCUGUUUUUCAAAAAGAAAUAAGACUGAUACAAAAACAUGCUUGUGAUGGUAACAGGUCGGACCUGUUUCUGUUCCAUCUUUGGAAAGAGUUUAUAUGAGAUUAGUGAAUUUCUGCCAUGUGAAUAACAAAUUCAAACAGUCUUUCUUCUGUUCUGAUAAAACUCAGUACAUAAACUUGCUGGAGUCGCUCAUUUGGGUAAAGAAGGUUUUAUGACUAAGAAUCAAAUACUUGUAAUUUUGCAUAUAAUGUCUAAAUAGCUUCAGGACUAUCAGUUUAGCAUUUUAUAGAGGUUUGCUGUUGGCAGAGAAACCAAUUAACUCCUUCCUGGAAUGGGUGAAAGAUGCAAUACCUGCAUUAGCCUAAGAAGCUCUAAAAAAAAAUAUUUGGUUUGUCUACUCAGUCUACUCAGUGUGGAAGACCAACCAAUAAUACAUGCUAGAGCAUUAUAGCUAAUCCAUUUGCUGCCUACUUUCCUGUUUUGAAACCUUUCAGGUCAACCCAGUCCAAAAAUGACUGCUAGUAAUCUGAGUCCUGGUCUAAAGUAGAACUGUUUUGCUGCUUAAAACAUUGUGAAGAGAUCUCCAUAUUUUGGAUGGCUGAAUUUCCCCAUUAGUGGCUAGAGUUUAAACUUGUUGUGGAUGAAUUUCGGGGAACCAAGCUAGAAUUUCUAGCAAGCACAUAGUAAAUGAUGUCUGUCUACUACUUAAUUUCCUGUGUCCCCAAAUCCCAUGCAUAUACCUAAACAAAUAUCCAAGAGGCUCACAAUUAGAUAAGUAAUAUUUCAGAAAUAUAGUACUUCCUUUAAGUAGAUUUCAUUUUCUUGUUCCUGCUGUGGGAAUUCUUGAGAAAAUGUUAUUUGCACAUGUUGGUUCUUGAAGUCCACCAUAGCCAAGAGAGCUUUAGUUAAUGCCAAACAUAUGGAUAUUUUGAAGCUAGUGAAUGGUCUCUGGGGAGAACUUAAGCUUAGAGGGAACACUGGUUUUCACAGACGCACCAAAUGGCUGUCUUUUAGAAGGCUUCAAAUUUUAUUUUUAUGCUUGGAAACCCCACAAUGUGUCAGUCUUUGCAACAACCUUUUAGAUGUGGUUCAUGGAUAUACCAAUAAGUAUAUGUUUGUGUAAAAGAGUGACUGUGCAGUGUGUAAAUACUUUAAAUUAUUAUGAUAGAAGAAUAAAGUUACAUACCAUGCUAUGGAA